AUGGUUAAGUUAUCCAUUCUUGCAUUGAUCUUUGAGAGUGAGCUGACACCAGAUUCUGAACACAACCAUGAAACAUCAAACCUGAGAAAUUCUUCACUUGGGGAAUGUUGGGCAAGAGAAGCCUACACCAUUAUCAAGCCAUGUCAUCAUUGUUCAGAAUUUGAGGUUGCAAGUCUGGUUGAGGCCUGCAUGGCAACAGGAUACAAGGAAGUUUUACAAUGCCAGACCACACGAAAGGAAGUUAGCAGAAAGUGUGACAAACCUAUUUGGAUGGAAGAAAGGAAGUUCUGGAUGUUUGAGUUGACAUUCUUCCUAAUAGGGAUUGCAAGUGGAACAUUUUCCCAAAAACGGCAGAAGCAACUUAAUGACCAGAUGCUGGCUCGCAUCAACAGGCAAAUUGCUGCUGGCAUUUGA